AUGUCAGAACAAGAACAGGUACAACAAAAGGAUGCACCAGCUGUUAUUAAGAAGGAUGAAAAGCCUAAAACUACUCCUGAUGCUGGUAAAAGCUCAGAUGGGGAUAAAAAGUUAUCUAAUAAGGAACUAAAAGAAUUGAAAAAACAAGAAAAAGCAGCAAAAAGAGCAGCUAUGAAGCAAGCUAACGGUAUUACAAUUGAACAACAACAGCAACAGGCUCAAUUGAAGAGGGAGAAGAAACAACAGCAAAGAGAACAACAAAUAAAGCAACAAGAAGAACAACAAAAGAAGAAUGCAAAGAAAGCUGGGACCAAGAAAAAUGUUCACAAGAGUACUUUAUUUGGUCAUCUAGAAACUACAGAAGAAAGAAGAUCCACUAUUUUGGCUUUAUCAAGUGCUAUCAGCUCUCCAUUAUCAUCCAGAAUUACUGCAUCUGGUUUGAUGGUCCCAAUGGUUGCCAGUGCAUUGUCAGGUACCGCUGUAAACACUACAUCUUCAUUAGGAACACAAGCAUCCUCAAAUACGUCAACUACAGCAACAAAUGGUUUAUCAGUAAUCAGUUCCUCUACCUCUGAUACUAUAAAAUCCGAUACAGCAUCCGAUAACGUUGGUGCUACUACUGAGAUGGCCAAGGCAUUGGCAUCCAUAUCUUUGGAAUCUGAGGAAUAUUCCGUUGUUCCUGGUAUUACAUCAAUUGUCCCUAACGUUAUUGAAGAAGCAUCAAAUAGUUCUCAAUUGGUAUCCACCAUAAAGGAAUUAUUAGUAAAUAAAGAUUUAAUCCAUCCUGCAAUCAUCCAGUUAACAUUAGCUGUCAUGCAAUAUAAAAUUGUUGGGUCAAUCCCACGUUGUAUAGCUAUGUUGGAAGCUUUUCAAAUUGUCAUCCAAGACUACCAAACUCCAACAGGUACUACUUUGUCCCGUAAUUUAACCAAUUAUCUAUCUCACCAAAUUGAUAUAUUGAAAAAGGCCAGACCUUUAAGUGUCACAAUGGGUAAUGCAAUCAGAUGGUUGAAACAAGAAAUUUCUCUGAUUGAUCCAUCUACUUCUGAUAAGAAGGCUAAACAGGAAUUAUGUGAGAAGAUUGCCCAAUUCUCUCGUGAAAAGAUUGAAUUAGCAGACCAAUUGAUUAUAGAUAAUGCUUCCCAACAUAUCGAAAAUGGCACUACAAUUGUAACUUAUGGUGCAUCUAAAGUCUUGACCGAUUUGUUGGUUCACAAUGCUGUUGAAUUGAAAAAAGAUAUCCACGUUAUUGUUGUCGAUUCUAGACCAUUAUUCGAAGGUAGAAAGAUGGCCACUUUCUUAAGAUCCUUGGGUGUUAAUGUUACAUAUGCUUUAAUCACCAGUUUAGAUGCAAUCUUCAAUAUGAAUGUUGAUUAUGUCUUCCUAGGCGCACAUUCGAUUUUAUCCAAUGGUUUCCUAUAUUCCAGAGUGGGUACUGCCAUGUUAGCUAUGAGUGCAAAGAGAAAGAACAUUCCAGUGUUAGUUUGUUGUGAAAGUUUGAAAUUUUCUCAAAGAGUUCAAUUAGACAGUGUUACCUACAACGAAUUAGCUGAUUCAAAUGAUUUGGUUAACAUUAACUAUGAA